GGGAAGUUCAUCCGGAUCCACUUCGGGGCCACCGGGAAGUUGGCGUCGGCCGACAUCGAGACCUACCUCCUGGAGAAGUCCCGGGUCAUCUUCCAGCUGAAGGCCGAGAGGAACUACCACAUCUUCUACCAGAUCCUCUCCAACAAGAAGCCCGAGCUUCUGGAGAUGCUCCUCAUCACCACCAACCCCUACGACUACAGCUACGUGUCCCAAGGGGAGGUGACCGUGGCCUCCAUCGAUGACGCCGAGGAGCUCCUGGCCACCGACAGCGCCUUCGACGUGCUGGGCUUCACGGCAGAGGAGAAGGCCGGGGUCUACAAGCUGACGGGCGCCAUCAUGCACCUGGGCAACAUGAAGUUCAAGCAGAAGCAGCGCGAGGAACAGGCCGAGCCCGACGGCACCGAAGACGCCGACAAGUCGGCCUACCUGCUGGGCCUCAACUCGGCCGACCUCCUGAAGGGCCUGUGCCACCCGCGGGUGAAGGUGGGCAACGAGUACGUGACCAAGGGCCAGAACGUCCAGCAGGUGGUCUACUCCAUCGGGGCCUUGGCCAAGGCGGUCUACGAGAAGAUGUUCAACUGGAUGGUCACCAGGAUCAACAACUCCUUGGAGACCAAGCAGCCCCGCCAGUACUUCAUCGGCGUCCUGGACAUCGCCGGCUUCGAGAUCUUCGAUUUCAACAGCUUCGAGCAGCUCUGCAUCAACUUCACCAACGAGAAGCUCCAGCAGUUCUUCAACCACCACAUGUUCGUGCUGGAGCAGGAGGAGUACAAGAAGGAGGGCAUCGAGUGGGAGUUCAUCGACUUCGGCAUGGACCUCCAGGCCUGCAUCGACCUCAUCGAGAAGCCCAUGGGGAUCAUGUCCAUCCUGGAGGAGGAGUGCAUGUUCCCCAAGGCCUCGGACAUGACCUUCAAGGCCAAGCUCUACGACAACCACCUGGGGAAGUCGGGGAACUUCGGGAAACCCCGCAACGUCAAGGGCAAGGCCGAGGCCCACUUCUCCUUGGUCCACUACGCGGGGACGGUGGACUACAACAUCCUCGGCUGGCUGGAGAAGAACAAGGACCCCCUGAACGAGACGGUGGUGGGGCUCUACCAGAAGUCGGCCCUCAAGCUGCUGGCCAGCCUCUUCUCCAGCUACGCCGGGGCGGAUUCGGGUGGCGACGGAGGGAAGGGCAAAGGAGCCAAGAAGAAGGGGUCCUCCUUCCAGACCGUCUCGGCCCUGCACCGGGAGAACCUCAACAAGCUGAUGGCCAACCUGAAGACCACCCACCCCCACUUCGUCCGCUGCCUGAUCCCCAACGAGAGGAAGGAACCGGGGGUGAUGGACAACCCCUUGGUGAUGCACCAGCUGCGCUGCAACGGGGUCCUGGAGGGGAUCCGGAUCUGCCGCAAGGGCUUCCCCAACCGCGUCCUCUACGGGGACUUCCGCCAGAGGUACCGGAUCUUGAACCCCGCGGCCAUCCCCGAGGGGCAGUUCAUCGACAGCCGCAAGGGGGCCGAGAAGCUCCUGGGGUCGCUGGACAUCGACCACGGGCAGUACAAGUUUGGUCACACCAAGGUCUUCUUCAAGGCCGGGCUGCUGGGGCUGCUGGAGGAGCUGCGGGACGAGCGCCUGGCCCGCAUCAUCACCCGGCUGCAGGCCCAGGCCCGGGGGUUCCUGUCCCGCCAGGAGUUCCAGAAGAUCCUGGAGAGACGCGACGCGCUGCUGGUGAUCCAGUGGAACGUGCGGGCCUUCAUGGGGGUGAAGAACUGGCCCUGGAUGAAGCUCUACUUCAAGAUCAAACCCCUCCUGAAGAGCGCCGAGACCGAGAAGGAGAUGCAGAGCAUGAAGGAGGAGUUCGGGCGCCUGAAGGAGGCGCUGGAGAAGUCGGAGGCGCGGCGCAAGGAGCUGGAGGAGAAGAUGGUCUCCAUGCUGCAGGAGAAGAACGACCUCCAGCUGCAAGUGCAGGCCGAGCAGGACAACCUGGCGGACGCCGAGGAGCGCUGCGACCAGUUGAUCAAGACCAAGAUCCAGCUGGAGGCCAAGGUGAAGGAGAUGACCGAGAGGCUGGAGGAGGAGGAGGAGAUGAACGCCGAGCUGACGGCCAAGAAGAGGAAGCUGGAGGACGAGGGCGCCGAGCUCAAGAAGGACAUCGACGACCUGGAGCUGGCCCUGGCCAAGGUGGAGAAGGAGAAGCACGCCACGGAGAACAAGGUCAAGAACCUGACCGAGGAGAUGGCCGGGCUGGACGAGAUCAUCGCCAAGCUGACCAAGGAGAAGAAGGCCCUGCAGGAGUCUCAGCAGCAAGCCCUGGACGACCUCCAGGCGGAGGAGGACAAGGUCAACACCUUGGCCAAGGCCAAGGUCAAGCUGGAACAGCAAGCGGACGACCUGGAGAGCUCGCUGGAGCAGGAGAAGAAGAUCCGCAUGGACCUGGAGCGGGCCAAGAGGAAGCUGGAGGGCGACCUGAAGCUGGCGCAGGAGAGCAUCAUGGACCUGGAGAACGACAAGCAGCAGCUGGACGAGAAGCUGAAAAAGAAGGACUUCGAGCUCAACGCGCUCAACGCCAAGAUCGAGGACGAGCAAGCGGUGGCCGGGCAGCUCCAGAAGAAGCUGAAGGAGCUCCAGGCGCGCCUGGAGGAGCUGGAGGAGGAGCUGGAGGUGGAGCGGACGGCCCGGGCCAAGGCGGAGAAGCUGCGGGCGGAGCUGGGCCGGGAGCUGGAGGAGCUGAGCGAGCGGCUGGAGGAGGCCGGUGGGGCCACCACGGCCCAGGUGGAGCUGAACAAGAAGCGCGAGGCCGAGUUCCAGAAGCUUCGGCGGGACCUGGAGGAGGCCACCCUGCAGCACGAGGCCACCGCCGCCGCCCUGCGCAAGAAGCACGCCGACGGCGCCGCCGAGCUGGCCGAGCAGGUGGACAACCUCCAGCGGGUCAAGCAGAAGCUGGAGAAGGAGAAGAGCGAGCUCCGCCUGGAGCUGGACGACGUGGGCUCCAACCUGGAGCAGCUCCUCAAGGCCAAGGCCAUCCUGGAGAAGACCUGCCGCUCCCUGGAGGACCAGGUGAGCGAACACCGCAGCAAGGCGGAGGAGACGCAGCGCGCGGUCACCGAGCUCGGCGCCCAGCGGGCCCGGCUCCAGACGGAGAACGGAGAGCUCUCCAGGCAGCUGGAGGAGAAGGAGGUCUUCAUCACGCAGCUGACGCGGGGGAAGCUGAGCUACAGCCAGCAGCUGGAGGACCUCAAGAGGCAGCUGGAGGAGGAGACCAAGGCCAAGAACGCGCUGGCCCACGCCCUGCAGUCGGCGCGCCACGACUGCGACCUCCUGCGGGAGCAGUACGAGGAGGAGGUGGAGGCCAAGGCCGAGCUCCAGCGGGGCCUCUCCAAGGCCAACUCCGAGGUGGCCCAGUGGAGGACCAAGUACGAGACGGACGCCAUCCAACGCACCGAGGAGCUGGAGGAGGCCAAGAAGAAGCUGGCGCAGAGGUUGCAGGAGGCCGAGGAGGCGGUGGAGGCCGCCAACGCCAAGGGGGCCUCGUUGGAGAAGACCAAGCAGAGGUUGCAGAACGAGAUCGAGGACCUGACGGGGGACCUGGAGAGGGCCAACGCGGCGGCCGCGGGGUUGGACAAGAGGCAGAGGAACUUUGAGAAG